AUGGCGAACUUAUCGGAACGACAGCAAAAACGCUCCCGAGCUAGCGAUGCCGCCGAAAAGCCUCCAAAGCCCACCCAGGAGCGAUCAAAGCGACGACGGACUUCGGAUGUCAAUGAGGCAAAGGCCUUGAAGAAAACGAAAAAUACAACUCCUGCGCAGGAGACCCCGACAAAGGACACCCCAUCAUUGGAACUUGAAAAACAGAAGAGCACUUCGCCAUGGUCAUUCUCACGACCGGUUGGUGGUCGGUACAGCCAUGUGAACCCUGUGAUGACCCAGGAUGAGGCAUAUCUCUUCAUUGGACUUGAUACAGCCGUCCAAGUCUUUGCGACCUCGACAUCCCGACUAGUACGAACUUUGCAGAUGGAGGCUGGCCAGCGAGUCAUUGGUUAUAAAAUCUGCCCUGUCGACAAGGAUAUUUUGUACAUCUUCACAUCCGGAUUCGUGACCAAGUGGAACUGGGAUUCUGGAAAGCGACUCGCUCGCUGGGGAACUGAUUCCCAGGGCGUCGCUGUCGAUGUGGCCUCGGUCUCUGUCGAGGGUAAGGAUCAACCGGCCGCAUUCUUCAUUGGAGGCAACAAGGAUGGAAAGAGGGAGAUCUUCAUCAAUGCCUUGGGCGACAAGAAGUCAACCAGCAUCGUCACUCUUCGAACCAGCGAGCAAAUCAACACAAUUCAGGUCGCUUAUGGUGGACGGGUCGUGGUUGCUUGUGAUGGUCCCCGCGUCUUCCUGGGCACCACCGCCAAAAUCAAUCUCGAGAAACCCGAGUCUACACAAUAUACUUGGAGAGAAGCUACGCUCCCAGUUUCUGCCACAUGUUUCCACCUGCAAGAGGCCUCAACUCAGCGAGGCCAGUCCUCUGAAGUUAAAGGCUUGAAGGGCUCGGAGACUGUCGACAUUGCUCUGGGCGAGUCUAACGGUUCUAUCUUAAUCUAUCAAGAUGUUUUGAACACUUUAUUCGGAAAGAACUCAGAGAAGAAGUCAUCUCCUCGGAGAUUGCACUGGCACCGUGGAUCUGUCAACACAGUGAAAUGGUCGAAGGAUGGCAACUAUGUUAUCUCCGGUGGAAACGAGUCGGUCUUAGUUCUAUGGCAGUUGGAUACUGGCAGAAAGCAAUUCUUGCCUCAUCUGUCCUCCCCUAUCUUCAACGUGGUUAUCUCACCGGAAGGCAACUCUUAUGUGGUACAACUUGCCGAUAACUCAGUCAUGGUCAUGUCUGCACGAGAGCUCCAACCCUCUGCCACCAUGACUGGCCUUCAGCUUAACUAUGAGACCGGCCAUGGCAAGGAUUCCAAGAAGUCCGUCGAUGCCGUUGCCGCUCUCCACCCCCAACGUCCGGAACACCUACUUGUUGCUGUUCCGUCUUCACACCAGACUGGCCAGCGAGGAGCCCAGCGCUCUAAUACUUCCGUGCUACAGACCUUCGACAUCAGGUCAAAUGGCCAUAUAUCUCGUCAGGCUCUUGCCCGAACUAACGCAACCACCGUGAAUGUUGGCCCUGAAGGAACACCAAUAACCUCACCUGACAUUCUGAAUAUGGAUAUCCUUGAUAAUGGCAAGUGGAUGGCUACCGUUGAUAGCUGGACCCCACCUACUCAAGACAUGCAGGCACUUGCUGGAGUUGGCUCCAACAAAGAAAGUGGCUCAGUGCGACCAGAGAUUUUCCUUAAGUUCUGGAAGUGGAGUGCCUCUACUAAUGUAUGGGAAUUGGUGACUCGUGUUGAUGGACCUCACUUCAAUGACAACCGCCAUGCCAAGGUUCUCGGCUUAACGGCCCGCCCACAGUCAAAUGAAUUCGCAACCAUUGGCGCCGAUGGAUUCCUUCGUUUCUGGUGCCCAACCACUCGCCACCGAAGCGGUCUCAAAAAGGAUCCUUCAGAGCAACACCAAGAUACCUGGAAGUCUCGCAACGCCGUAGAUCUAACUGGAUUCCUUGGUAAAUCGGCUCUGCCCUUAAACCAGUCAUGCAUAAGUUUCUCGGAGGAUGGUUCAACACUCGCAGUCUGCUUACCGUCAUCCACGGCGAAUAAUGGCCUUGUGCUUCUGAUCGAUGUUCACAACUGCACUGUGCACUACCGACGAAACGACGUCUUCCACGGAAACCCACACUCAGCCAAGUUCCUCGGCAGAUGUCUGAUCAUUGCUUCAACAAAAUCAGUGACAGUUUGGGAUAUCGUUGAUGACGUGGUGAAGCCAGUUCAACUGCUAGAAUCUAGCUCAACCAACUCUUCAUCCCCUCCUCUCGUCGCGGUUAACCCUCGCACCCAAACAUUUGCCGUUGCCAGCUCAAACUUCGAGCUAUCCGCACGCAAGAGACGACGCAACGCUCAGUUUCACAUCCGGAUCUAUGGAAUUUCAUCGUUGGGCCUGGUAUUCCAAGAGACCCUGGGAAGCUCCCCUCUUGUCCUUCUCUCGGACAUCUACUCUGGUGAUUACAUUGUCCUCGAUGCAACCUCCAGUGUGCAACGCCUUGGAUGCUUGGACAAGGCAUCGCAAAAGAAUGUGCAGCCUACAGAGGUCACAACGCACCUUAACUCAGGACUGGCUAGUAUUUUCAGCCGAGGUCCUGAGAAAGCUCCUGUACAGGCUAUUGAGGAUGGCAAUCACUCGCAAGAUAGGGGGUUGGCUAGCGUCUUUGGUGAUACUCCUUCAUUCUCUUUGCCUUCCUUGGGUGUCUUAUUCAAGAAUGUGGUCCAGUCUUUGGGGAGUAGUUAG